AUGUCUUUGAGUGAUCAGCUAUCUCAGAUAGCUGCCAAUAACGCUACAGUAGCUUUUGAUCGAAAAAAAAGACAGAAGCUACAUUCUGCCUCGUUAAUCUACAACCCAAACACAGCAGCUACUCAAGACUUCGACUUUAUUUACGAAAAUGCCAUCAGCUCUUUGGAGGAACUGAUCGAAGUUGAUUCGAGAUUCUCUGUGUUUCAAAAGUCUCUUUUUGGCACGUCAUCGGCUAGCAUUGACAGAAACGUUCAAACCAAAGAUCAGAUUCGCGAUUUAGAUCACGCUGUGAACCUGUAUUUGAUAUUGGCUUCCUCCAAAUGGCAUCUGUCGCCAACCUUGCAUGCCACUGAAUGGCUGGUGCGCCGUUUUCAAAUACACAUUCACAACGCGGAGUGUCUAUUGCUUUCUACAAUGGACUACUAUCAAACCCCAGUGUUCAAGCGUAUCCUCAACAUUGUCAAGUUACCACCUCUGUUCAACGCACUAAGCAACUUUGUAAGGACGGAUCGGUCACCUUCGAGCCUUACAAUCAUUAAGCUUUUCAGCGAUUCAGACUUUUUAAAAGUGUACAUUCAGUACCUGAGCAAGGUGAUAGAACAAAAAAUGGCCUACACCAACCAGCUGCUUUUCACGACCUGCUCCUUCAUCAAUCUCAUUGCCUUCAGAUCAAACGAUCUGGACGCAUUGAAUGCACUAGUACCCACAGUUUUGGAGAUCUGUGCAAAGCUUCUUGCCUCAGAUCUGUCUGAUUGCCAAAUAGCUGCCAACACCAUUUUGGUGGUGUUCGGAACUGCAUUGCCUUUGAAGAAAGAGAUUAUUCUCGCAGCAACAGAAACCAUAUUAGCCAACUUGGUGGACGAUAAGGCCAAGAGAUCUGCAUUCAUCUCGAUUGGUAAGCUUUUUCAGACUCUGAAGGGCCAUGGAAAUGUUGAUCAGAUGCCAGCCAGCUUGUACAAACUUUUUAACUCGAAGUUCAGUCUAGAGUCAUUGAUUCAACAGCUGCUUGGCACUGAUAAACUCGUUAUAGACAAGUUCCUUACCUCGUAUGUCAGAUCGGUCUUGAGAUACGAUCACCCAAAGCUCAACUCCCUGAUAUCACUUUUCAAGGUGGUACAGCUAGAAGCAUACGAGAGUAGGCUCAUCAUUCUUGACUUGAUUCAUUUGUCUGAAGUUUUCGACGACAAAAGACUGCUGGUCGACGUCUUUGAAUAUUUUAUUUCCCUAGACGAAGAUCGGGUGAUCAAGUGCUUGAACUCCCUCAACCUAGAUCCGGAGCUUUUUGAACUGAGACUAACCACUUCCCUAUUCAAAUCCAAGGAGGGCGGUGCAGACGGUUCCAUCAAGGAACUUGAGUCCUCGAAGGUAUUGGGUGUCAGUUCGCACGCUGAACCUUUCAAAGAGUUUUUGAGCAGACACUCGAGUUACAUCACAACAAAGGUCACAUCGAUAAUAAUUGAGGAGGAAGAAAAGUACUCUAAACUUCUUUCGCUCUAUGUUGAAGCGGUUUCCAAAGGCUUUAAAGCAGGCUUGUUCUUGUCUUCUUUUUUCACCACCAUUGAAGGUAGACUCACUUUUUUAUUGCGGGUCAUCAUUUCACCCGCGGCCCCAAUAGCUCUUCGACUAGAGUCUUUAUCCAACCUUUCCAAAUCCAUUCAUCAGAUCGGUCAAGAUUCUAACUUGUUCAGUUUAGUGCCAAUUCUCAUCGCAGCCUUACAUGAUACCUCUAAGAAUGUGAGGACAGCAGUUAAACGCAUUUUGUACCAAAUUGCCAAAAGACCAUUCACUAAGCACUACUUUCUGUCUAAUAAGCUGUACGGAGAUGUUAAUAUCCCCAUGAUCAGUCCAAAGGACGCGGAGUCUUGGAUCAAUAAAUUCCUAGAGGACUACAUGAUAGAAAACCACAAUAUCACCAGCCUGGUUAUACCAAAGAAGUUAGAAAAGGUUUUCGCUAUCUUCUGGGCUAACCAGGCCAUUCAUAUGCCGCUACCACACGCGAAGACGAUUUUUAUUCGAUUCAUAACUGGUCACAAGUCUUACAGUUCAAACUACUCACUACUCUUUGAAGACAUGCUUGGCAACUAUCUUGAACAGAGAGGUCACUGGGAAAGUAAGUGUCACGGCAACAAGACAAAUUUUGAAAGUUUCGAAAAGGCUAUUGUCUCAAUUAUCUCUGAUAAAGAGAAGAAUACGAAAAUUAUUCGCUUCGCUGAAGAUUGCUUGAAAUGCGAGUUUGAACAGUUGGCGACAUUGGUGUCCCGCCGCCUAUCAGAGAUUUUCUCCAAACUUAAGGUUGCUCACCAACAACAGCUUAUCAAGGAUGUGAUAGAUCUCACAGCCGAACGAGAGUUGUGUUACGAUUCAGUUGAGUUUUUGCAAGGUUUACCUUUGACCUCGGAAAUCUUUGUCUCGUUGUUUUCGCAGUACCGCAUAAACGCCAAUGAAGAGGAUAUGGGCGACUUGAUGAAAAAGAGAAGACGGAGGUCUUCUGCAAGCAAGGUUGCUUUACAGAGAGAAGAGGUUUCACACAUUGCCGAACUUCAUUUGCGAAAGGUUACACUAACUCUGGAGGCGCUAGAUCACAUCAAACCGACUGGAUCAGAGCAACUUCUAUCAACUUUGUUCAAUACACUCUCAGAUCUAGAAACCCUAGGCCAAGAUGGCGGUCUCCCAGUACUUUACGCUCAAGAAACGUUGGCCUCUUGCAUGCUAUCAAUCAUUUCUUCGUUAUCGCUCGAUAAUAAAACGGAGCUCAGGUCACUCAGAACAGACGUUCUUGUAUCGGCCAUAACGUCCUCCGCCUCUCCACAAGUGCAAAACAAGCUUUUGUUGGUGAUUGGAGAACUGGCCAAACUAAGUCCAGAAAUAGUGUUACACUCUGUGAUGCCAAUAUUCAUAUUCAUGGGUGCCAAGACUAUUCGACAGGAUGACGAAUACUCGAGCUACGUUGUUGAAAGGACUAUUCAGCUAGUCGUGCCUGCUUUGUUACAAUCUAAACAAUCAAGCAACAGUACUGAGGAAACAGAAUUCCUCCUCAUCAGCUUUGCCACUGCAUUUACUCAUGUUCCAAGGCAUAGACGCGUUAAACUCUACACAACUCUUGUGAAGACUCUUGGCGCAACCAAUGCUCUAGGGCCAUUUUUGUUUUUGAUCGCCCAGCAGUAUUCUUCGUCGGUUCAAAAAUAUAAAGUUUCUGAGAGCAAGAGCGUUUUGGAAUUUACGAAACCUUUCCUAGCAAAAUUCUCGGUUCUGAAUCAACUGGCGGGAAUUCAUAAGCUUCUGCUUCUGCUAAGCUCGUUUUCCGAGAGCUGUUCGGAAGAAGAAAAAGCUCAGAACGCUUCUAAAACUCUUUUCUCUAAUGGUGUUUUGAAUUCCUCUGAAAUGGAGAUUUUGGCUUUGAGGAGAAACGGUUUGAAAUUUGUCGACAGCAUUAUUCUUGAUGAUGAACAAGGCCUUCAGAGCACAGGAAACCUCAAAUUGAAAAUCAUGGGAGCUCUAUGGGAUAGCUCAAGCGACAAACAAUUUCAGGUUGAGGUUAAGUCGAAAUUUGGAGCCGUCUUGAAGACUGCCUUGACCUCUCUGAAUGCUUCGGCUACGAUCGCUGAUGUUCCUUUUGAAAGUCAAGAGGUUGCUUCUAAAGGCGAGGUUUCCGAACUACGAGAAAACAUUCGUGAACUUCUAUUCCAGAUAUUGGGUCACGUAUUAGAUCUUUUGCCUAUCAAAGACUUCACAUCCGCCACUUUGCCACUUCUUGCAAAAGAAAGCUCCAGUGAUACGAUCAGAAAUCAUCUGAUUUUGGUUCUUUCCUCAAAGUUCAAGCUAGAGCCCGGCGAAUCUGUGGUUUUUGCAAACCAAGUCAUCGAAGCCCUUUUCAAGAUCAUAGAUGAAGACUCAAAGAAUGAUGGCAUUGUUCAAGUUUCUCUCAAUACAGUUGAAUCCUUAAUCGGCAAAUACGGGGACAGAAUAGACGCUGGACUCAUCACAAAAGGUAUGAAAAUAUCAAGUGAGCUACUUUUGUCUCAUAAGAUGGAAAUCGAAAUAUCUUCACUAGCUGUUUUGACAAGUGGUAUUCAAGCACUUGGUGUCAAGGCAAUUGCAUUUUACCCAAAAAUCGUUACACCAGCAUUGCAGAUUUUCAAAGAGCUUGAAAACAGUGAGGCAGAUGUGAAGGAGCAGCUGCAGUUGGCCAUUAUCCUAGUGUUUGCAGCGAUGGUUAAACGAAUUCCUGCUUUCCUACUAUCGAACUUAGUGGACGUCUUGAAGGUGGUAUUUUUCUCAAGCGAGGUUGAAAAUUCGGUUCGCUUGUCCGUCAUUGCAUUAAUUGUUGAGCAUAUUGAACUGAAAGAAACUUUGAGGGCUCUCAGCAAAGUCUGGUUUUCUGAUGUAAAUAAAACCAGCGACUCCACCGCCCUUUCUCUAUUUUUGACUGCUCUAGAGUCUACUGUGGAUACAAUUGACAAGAAAUCUGCCACAUCAGAGUCGCCCGUGUUUUUCAAGUUGCUUCUUGCACUAUUUGAGUUUAGAUCGACUAGCGAACUUGACCAUAACACGAUCAGCCGCAUCGAAGCUUCUGUUCACGGUAUUGCGAACGUCUACGUUUUGAAAUUGAACGAUAAGGUCUUUAGACCGCUUUUUGCGCUCAUGGUAAGAUGGGCGUUUGAUGGAGAGGGCGUCAGCAACGAUAAAAUUAGUCAAACCCAACGCCUGUCUGCCUUUUUCAAAUUUUUCGGAAGGCUCCAGGAACAUCUCAAAGCCAUCAUUACCUCUUACUUCACGUAUCUUUUGGACCCCACCGUUGAGCUGCUGAAAUCUUUCACCAAGGGUGAUAUCUCGGAUGCAGGUUUGCGUCGUUUGGUGCUCCACUCGCUGACUUCUUGCUUCAAAUACGACAGGGAAGAGUACUGGAAGUCUACGUCAAGAUUUGAACUGAUCUCGGAGGUUUUGAUCGCACAAUUGACCAAUAUCGAACAGCCUGUAGGCCGCUACCUUGUCAAGGCAAUCAGUUCGUUGGCGAUGAACAACGCCGGUGCAGACGAACACAACAAGGCCAUGAACUUGAUGUUGAUUUCGCACAUGAAAUCCAAUUGCUCGAGUUCCGAGAAAUUAUGGGCCGUCAAAACUGUCAAAACCAUUUACUCCAAAGUUGGCGAGGCCUGGCUUUCGUUCCUACCUCAACUGGUGCCGAUCAUUGCCGAAUUGCUUGAAGACGACGACGAAGAAGUCGAAUACGAAGUUCGUUCUGGGCUGGUCAAGGUUGUUGAAAACGUUUUAGGUGAGCCUUUUGAUAGAUACCUGGACUAA